UUUAAGGUCAAUGUAAAUAAAGAAUGUUUUCCACAUACAUACUACGAAUUUAGAGUACAUCAGUAGUUUAUUGUCAGUAUUAAAAGUGUUACAUAUCGAGAAAGUAUGAAUAGUUCGGAAUUGGAAUUUUCAAAUUUGUUUGGAACUGACGAUUUGAUGGAUCCAUUCUGCAAGGAAGACAAUCCAUUGAAAAUAACAUUCGAGGACAUUACUUCAGCUGCUUUUAAAAUUAAAGAGGGAGUAAUAAAUACACCAUGCGUGCAAUCCAGACUAUCCGAAAUGACAGGAGUGGAUCUUUAUUUAAAAAAAGAUUUUCUACAAGUAACAGGAAGCUUUAAGGAACGAGGUGCAAGAAAUGCUCUCUUAAAAUUAUCUGAGGAGCAGAAAAAAAUUGGCGUCAUAUCGGCGUCAUUAGGGAAUCAUGCAUUGGCCCUUUGCUAUCAUGGCUUAUCACUGGGAAUACCAGUGACUGUUGUAAUGCCUGUUGUGGCACCUAUAAUGAAAAUUGCAUCGUGUCAACAUUAUCGUGCUAAUGUUAUAGUUAAAGGCGCUGAAAUGGGUGAGGCAAAAAGAGAAGCACUGAAAUACGCUAAAGAGAAGGGAUUAAUCUACAUUAAUGGAUACGAUCAUCCGGACAUAAUGGCAGGACAAGGAACACUUGGCCUAGAAAUUGUGGAUCAAGUGAAAAAAAUUGACGCAGUCGUUGUACCAGUAGGAGGUGGAGGUCUUAUUGCCGGAGUCGCUUUGGCCAUAAAGACCCUACUCCCAAACGUUUCCAUAAUUGGAGUGGAAUCUGAGAGGUGUCCUAGUUUUCAUUUGGCUCGGGAAAAAGAUAAACCAACAUUUACUCCUACUCAAUCAACACUAGCUGAUGGUCUAGCUGUUCCAAUGGUUGGUUACAAUGCUUUCGCCACCGCUAAUCCUCUAAUUGACAAACUGGUGGUCGUUAAAGAGGAAUGGAUCGCCAUUGCAAUUUUGAGACUAGUGGAGAAUGAAAAAUGUAUUGUCGAAGGCGCUGGUGCUACAGGCCUAGCGGCAAUUCUCUCUGGACAACUGGACGAACUAAGGGGCAAAAGGGUCGUCCUACCACUUUGUGGUGGUAACAUUGAUACAACAAUUCUAGGUAGAUGUUUAGAAAGAGGACUCGCUGCUGAAGGACGUCUAGUUAAAUUUUCAGCCCAAGUUUCCGAUAGACCGGGAGGAAUUGCCGAACUUUGUACAUUACUGGCCAGUAUUGGGGUUUCGAUAAAAGAUAUUAUACACGAACGUGCUUGGAUAAUGUCAGACAUUUUCAGUGUUGAUGUUAAAGUUGUCUGUGAAACCAGAGACGCAGGACACGCUCAACAACUUAAGAUGAUUCUAAAUAAAAAUUACUCAAAGGUCAUCUUUGGAAUGGAUGACAUUUUUCCCCUUUCACCAUAGAAGAUUUAUUAUAAUUAUCGACCAAAAACAGUUUAUAGCAGAAUUUCUAAAAGUAAAAUAACUAAGAAUUGAAUUAUAGUUUAUUACAAUUUAUUUAUUGUUCUUAACAUAACUGAUGUACAAAUUGACAAUAGUGUUCUAAUGAUAAAGAAUAAACAUUUUUGAAAAACAAA